GCAUGGGAUUUUAUAUCUCAAAAGGCAUAAUUACCAAGCAGUGGCAGGCACAGGGUUUUGCAUCAAGAAACGGAGUUCAACCACCCCGCCAUCCAUCAUAUUGAUUCUCCCACCUUUCACAUUCCAGCUGCAGCCAUCUUCAGCCAUGGAAGCUGUAAUAGUUUAUCUAUUGUUCAUGAUGGCCAUGACGAGAGAAUCAGAUGGUGCUUGGUGUGUUUGCAGGCCAGAGUUGGGUGAUUCUGCCUUGCAGAAAACACUUGAUUAUGCCUGCGGGGCUGGAGCUGACUGUGUUCCUAUAAACCAAAAUGGAGCUUGCUAUAAUCCCAACACAGUCAAAGCGCACUGCUCUUAUGCAGCCAAUAGCUACUACCAGAGGAAAGGGCAAGUAUCACAGGCCUGCGAUUUUGCGGGGACUGCCACUCUUACUCCACAAGAUCCAAGUGCAAAUGGCUGCAAUUACCCUGCUUCUCCAAGUGCUGCGGGCGGAAGCACUAGCAAUAACAGUGGAGCCAAUACUGGCGCUGGAACCGGCACUGGAACCGGCACUGGAACCGGCACUGGCACUGUCACUGGUACCUUGCCAUCACCUCCCACCACCUCCAAUCCAGGUUCAGCAACUCCAAGCAUAACGACGCCAACAAGUCCAGGGGCUGGAGGAGUCAUUGGUCCUUCAGGAAACACCUUUUCUACUGAUAACAGCUAUGGUGACUCCAUUCAAACGCAAUCAGGUUUCCUUUUUCUGCAAGUUCUCUCUAUUCUGGUUAUGUUAGGAGAUUAAUUAGAUUCUCUACACGUUUUAGCACAAUUCUGUGAAUUGUGAUGUCUAGAGUACAUAUAUAAGUGAUUAAGCUGUGGUUUUUUCUUUCACUCGGUUUUUUUUUUCUUUUUUUUUAUUUACCUAGUGGGAAACCAGAAGAAAUUUUUGUUACAUGUAAUUGGGUGGCAUUAACAUGUUAG